AUGUUUCCUUCUAUUCAAAUGCACAACACUGAUUGCCACUGCACCAGAUGCAAUAAUAAUGAUCAAGGAGUUUCCCGAGUAUCGAGACGUACUGCUCAGCGUCAUAAUAAAAGAGCUAGAUUUGAAGCUGAAAAGAGAAGCAUGGAAGUAGAUACUGAAAUAAUCCCGACGUAUCAAUCCGAUUCUGUGGAAGCAAUGGACGGUCAGGCCAACUCACCUAUUUCGGAUGCCGUCUCAACGUUUGACAAUGACGUCUUUGUUGGUAAUGACUACAAUGGUGAUGAGUCUGACACGACCGAUGACAAUGACAGUGAUGACAAUGGCGAAGAAGACACUGCCGAGAUUUAUGUUGAAGAGUUUAACAAUGAGGACCCUUUUGCUGCUUCUGGUAUGCCCGAGAAUCCAGUGCACAGAUUUAUUGCUACUUUUACAGUACUGUUUGCAUCUCGUUACGUGGUCAAUAAGGGUUCUGUUGUCUUGAUUGAGUUCAUCAACGAGCUCUUGAAGAUUUAUGGACAAGAUUUCCAACUUCCCGAAAGUCUGGCUGGGCUACAUAAAAUGACUGGCUUUUCGUCUAUCACCAAAGGCAUCAAGCGAUUUGUGUCAUGUCCAAACUGCCAUUGCAUCUAUGAAGAAAACAUGUCCGUACCUCCCCAUUGUGUUUUCACAAAUGUUGGUGCACGCUCUCCUUGUGGUUUACGUGGAACGAUCAUUGAUCCCAUGCAUAAUUUAUUCCUGGGGACGCCCAAGAGAAUGAUGGACCGGUGGGUCGAUAAGAAAACGAUUGGAGCCGAAGAGUUUGCUGCCAUGGAAAAAAUCGCAGAGACAAUGGUUCUUCCGAGGGAUUAUACAAAGCUGACAUCGAAGAUUGGAAAAGGCUUUCCUUACAUGAAAGCCGACGACUGGAAAUCCUGGGUACUGGUGUAUUCUCCUGUUCUGCUGCAUGGUGUUCUACCAUUUGAAAUGUACAACAACUGGAUGAAUUUCGUCCGUGCAUGCCGCUAUCUUAUCAAGCCAAGCAUCACAUUUGAUGAAGUGAACAGCGCCCACGACUAUCUGGAAAUGUUUUGCAAAAAGGCUACCGAACUCUACACUCCCACCAUCCUCACCUGCAACAUGCACCUGCACCUCCACCUUCGCGAGACCAUUCGUGAUUUUGGACCCGUGUACGGUUACUGGCUCUUUGGGUUUGAGAGAUACAAUGGCCUGUUGAAGCAUAUAAAGACAAACGGAAAAGAUAGUUUUGAGGCAACAUAUAUGAGAAGUUUUGUUCAAAACGCAUUCAAGGGUGACUAUGCCAAUGCUGUUCUGAAAAGUUCUAGCCACGUCCCCUUUUUCAACAUUCUCUCAAAGCUUUCUCCGAAAUUCACACCUACCACCACAGUCAUUACUCUCUCCUCCCGUCCAUUCCGAUUGCAAUCAUUCUUACUAGCAUCGUCCAACCCACAUCUUCCUCCAAAGGGUAACGAACCUCUCCCUCCUUCGACUUUUCCUCUUCAGCUAAAAAAAUCAUCACUGAUGGAUGAAACCGACUAUGCCCAUCUGCUUCAGCACUACAAAACAUCCUAUGAUCUUCCCGACCUUGUCAGUUACCAAUAUGCCACGCUCACAAACUCCUUUGUUGACAAUGAAAUCACAAAGUUGAAGUUCAUUGACUUACUUGGUCAACAGUACCGUGGUAAAAACGGUUCAGCUAGUUGUGGUUCUCUUGUCCACAUAAUGUUUGUUGGUAGUGACGGUAGAAAUACCCUAGCCUAUGCUGGACAAAUACAGUAUCUCUUCACACACUCCUUUACACACCCUUCUAACAGCAAUCUCCACCUGACUCGCAUGGUUCAUGAUCAUCGACAUGUAUUCGCAUAUAUCAAGUGGUUUAAUACUUCCUCUGAUAGAUCGCGUGAGGAUGACGGUCUUGAGUUUUGUCUCCCCACCUUCUCCCCCGAUAGUCGCCAUUGCAUUGUACCUGUGCACCGCAUCUUUUUAGAGAUUGCUACAGCCAGGAUUACUACAAGUAGAAAUGUUAGUAAGAUGUUAGUAAUUGCUUUGCCAAAAAAGCUUUAUGCUUAA